CCACUGCUCUAUUGUACUCAUGAAGGAAUGAAGAAUAUAUCAGGACCAAAAUGGUGCCUCUACUGUUAUACCUGAGCCGGGAAAAGCUAAACAUGGGAUUCAAUUGCUGCCAAGCCUCUCAGAGGAUUCCCAAAUGCAGCCUGGUCGUUCAAGAACCCCAGCUAUACUCACUACUCCUGAAAGAGCACAAUCCAAGCACAGUCCUUCUACUCCAGAUUCUUCAUUAACAAACAUAGAGAAUGACCUGAGAGCAAGGGAAUACCAAGGAGCCAUUCCAAAAAGGAACUGGUAUCAGCCCUCACACAGCACUGUUAGGCAUGAUGUUAGGCAGGAUAGUGAGUCAAAUUUAAAUCUACCCUCCAUACAAGCAGGAGAUUUUACGGGCGACUGUCCUCAAUCUAGUUCCCCUCCUCCAGAAUUGAUUGAAAUUGCUGCAAGAAAUUCUGCUGGUUGUGAAAUCUUUUGUGAUUCCUUGUUACGAAAUGAAAAUCAAGAUACUGAGUCCUCCUCAGAAGAAGGCAACUCCCUCUCCCAGAUGACAUCAUUAUCCACUACUCGAAUGGAUGCACCUGCCUCAGGGCAUGAAGGUAUUCAGCACCAAAACAGUGCAUCUGCCACUAUACCUGAAGGUGGAAAAACUAAACAUCAGAUCACCAAAAGGCAGCUAGAUCACUGCAAAAUAACACCAGCCAGACCCAACACUCCAGAAGGAGCACAACCUGGUAGAAACUCCCUCUCACUAGUGACUGGACGUCAUAACAGCAGGCCAAACCAGACUGGUGAAGAAGAUGACAGAGCUGUAGAACAUUAUGAUGCCACAGAAAAUAAUGGUCUACUGGAAGAAACAAAACAGGAAUUAGAAUCCUCACAGAAAAGUGUCCUGUAUUUAGUAAAGAAAUUAAGAGAAAAGGAGUCAUUCUGCCAAACUCUCAGGGCAGAUCUGUUCCAGUCAAGGCAAACUUUGGAGGAAUCCAGACAGCAGUGUGUUAAUUUAAGGAUUUCUAGAGAUAAUUUACAGGCAGAAAAUGAAGAGCUGAGGAGAAGUUUGGAGGAACUGCAGCAUUUGUCAUAUAGGAUACUUGAGGACAAUCACAGGUUCAGGUUAUUACUGGCUAGGCAAGCAGGUGAUGUUGCUUUUGAAGGAAGCAGUGCAGCUGUAGGAGAGGGCAAUGUAUCAGAUUGUAGCGAGGUUGAACCAGAAGCUGAUGAGCAGCCAGGUCCAUUUCCUUAUCUCCAAGAGUCAGACUCUGAAGAUUCCAGUGAUGAUGAGUUCUUUGACGCACUAGACCAGACUUAUAUAGUAAAUGAAUGUGGAAAGAGUCUACUGAAUCUUCCCUAUCUUUGUGACCACAUUAGUAACAUCAUCAUCAUCAUCAUAAGUGCUAUUGUUACAUAUUAUUUAAUCUAUAUGAUGUUUAUAAAUUCACGUUAAUGCAACGUGAGAUACCAUGUUUGCCUCAGAUGGCGGUUUAUUGGCUGAGAAAAUAGGUUAAUGUUGUAAAUAUUUAAAAACUAGAUGCAUACCUGCAAGUGCUUUUAAUGGUACAACUAGGCGUAGUCUACAUUCAGUUUUUGCACACAUUUCAUGUGGAAUUUUCAAUGUGAAAGGCAUGUGGAGAAUUUAAUCUCUCGUACAGCGCUUUUACAAGCAUUUCAAUUAGUUCUGGAAGCCUCCAUGUGAAAAAAAGAUGUAAUUAUCGCCUCGACAACAAUCUGUACAUGAGCAAAUGUGAAUUUAACUCUCAGGCCUUCUAGGUAGUGCUUGUGUAACAUGUGCUAUUAGUUUUUGUUAAUAUGUAUUUGACACUUUGUCUAAUAGCUGUCAAAAGGUUUGGUGAUUUCUUGUACACAAUCAUAGAUGAAUGGAUUGUGUGUGGACAUUUUUAAUAAUGGAAGAUCUUUCCAAAAAUUCUCAAUGAAAGAAAAAAAUUAAUAGAUUCUUGGAAAAACACAAGAAUUAGCUUUUCCUCUACUGGAGACAUCAAUUUUAUCUUGCAAUUUGGCGAUUCCGUAGAUGAAUUGAAAUGUACAAUCAGCAUUCAAGAAAACUAGCAUCUGUAAUGGUGUGCUUUUCCAAUCUUCAGUCAUAAGAGGCGAGCUUGUUAUAUUGAUGAUAACAUAUGAUAGGCAUGAACAUACAUGUAUGUCAGUUUUUGGUAAUAUAUACCGCAUGAGAUUUUAGAAAAAAAAAUACAGUUAGCAUUAAAACGUUUCUUGAUUGAUCAUUUAUGAUAGAGAACAAAUGAAUAGUUAUAUGUAGAUACAGUUAUGAUAGACAGUUGAGGGACAUUAAGCCAAAAGCCAAUUUUCAGUGACAUAUACCUAGUGAGAUUUUAGAGAAAAAUGCAGUUGACAUGAAAACAUUCUCUAAGUAAUAAUUUAUGGUAUAGGGUUAAUGAACUGAUAUUUGUAGAUAUAUUUAUGAUAGACAGUUAAAGGACAUUAAGGCAAAAGCCAUUUUGAGAAUAUUUUGAAAGUGACAUGUUGACUUAUUUAGAGAGAACAUGAUUAUAUUUUAACGGCAAAAUUUUUCCAAUAGCCUUAAAACUAUUUUUCUCAAAAUGUAGUGUCUUAAGCAAUUGACUGUAUAAUUUUUUUGCUCCUUUUAUAUUAUUUUAUUUUCAGUUUGUAACAAUUUAUAAAUUAAAUGUCGCAAGUGAAGAUAUAAAUUAUCGAAAUGUAAACCUUCGCUCUGACAAAGGGCUAACACUCUCUCAAUUCUUUUUCCCAAGUAUUGUGGAAAAUGUGUGACUGCAUACCACAAACAGACAAGAGUUAUCAAAUCAGUCUUACGUUCUGUGGUUUAAAGGUUAAUGUACGUCCUAGCUAGACGAAAAAAUGAAGCUGUUUGGCUUAGAUGUGAUUUUGAAAACAUUAAAAGUAUUUAGUUUA